AUGAUGUUUUCCCGCACCCCAACCGGACAGGGACUCAGCCAUGCCCAUAUUGUCCACGAAGACCGCGUCGGACUGCUUAGUCGAUUGACAUUUCAGUGGAUCUUUCCAUUACUAUCUAUUGGAUACCUCAGACCGUUAACUGCAGACGAUACCCGGAACCUGAAUCCAAAUCGCGCCGUAAACGUGCAUCAGAAUGCCAUUUCCCGAGCAUUUCGAGGGUCUCUGGAUAGUCAGAGACAAUUCCCUCUUCUCCGAGCUCUACAAAAAACGUUCAGAUAUGAGUUUUUCCUCGCGGGAUUUGCGAUGCUGCUCGCAAAUGUUCUCCAAGUGACAGCCCCUUUGAUACUGAGAUGCCUUCUAAUUAGCCUAUCGGACGAGUCGUCAUCCAAAAGAACAUCCCUUAUGUAUGUAUCAUGGCUCUUUAUCACGCAGAUGGGGAUGAGCUUUGCUCUUGUGCACUACCAUUAUCUAGGACAGGUAGUUGGUAGUGAAGUGAAAGCUGUUCUCACGGCAUUGAUCUUUGAAAAGACAUUGAGACUCUCUACUACAGAAAGUAGCGAAUGGGUCGAUGGAAAAAUAUCAAACCUGAUCACUGUCGAUUCGCAACGUAUUGAGAGCGCCAUACUCUAUGCGAACAUGAUAUGGAGUGAACCAGUUGCUGUGAUUAUGGCCUUGGUGAUACUGUUCUAUAACCUGACAUGGAGUGCAUUGGGUGGUCUCAUCCUGCUUGUGACAGGCGCAAAAGGACUUGACCUCAGCAUGGGCUGGUUGAUAUCUGGACGUGUUGCAGUCAAUGCUGAACUAGACAAGAGAACAACUAGUCUUCGCGAGGCAUUGCAAAACAUGAAAUUCGUCAAGCUUCAUGCCUGGGAGUCAUACUUUCUCUCUCGGAUUUCCGAUUCCAGGGCGAACGAGGUUCACCACCAACACACGCUAUUGAAUAUCAGGAGCAUGAUCAUGAGCCUGUCCAUGUCACUUCCUUCGUAUGCGGCAAUGUCGUCCUUCAUCAUUUUUAUGACAGUUCAUGGCAAUCUGACCGCUGCACAAGCAUUUUCUUCGCUAGCGCUUUUCAAUUGUCUUCGCAAGCCUCUCAACAUUUUGCCCAUGGUGCUUAGCCAGCUAAUCGAUGCUUGGAUAUCCGUAAAGCGGAUUGAAACCUUUCUAAGCCUCAAUGACCAAGAAGAGACAAUCAUCUGGGACUUAGAUGCCGUUGAUGCCGUCGAAAUAACAGACGGUUGUUUCUCUUGGGAUUCUGCCGCCAGGAAUGAGGUUUCAGAAGACUGUUCCUUUCCUAUAACUGAGGAGGAGGACAAUAUGGAGAGCGACAACUUACUCUGCGUGGGCACAGAGCCUAACACGCCUAGCAACAGCGAUACUCCUUUCACCUUAUCGGAAAUUAACCUGCACAUUAAGCCCGGAGAGUUGGUCGCAGUCGCAGGACCUGUAGGCGCUGGGAAGAGUGCUCUUCUUUCUGCAAUUGCGGACCAAAUAACCCAGAUCCGAGGCCGUUUAGUGCUCAGUUCAAGACCAUCAUUUUGUUCCCAGAUACCGUGGAUUGAAAGUGGGACAGUCCGGGAGAACAUCAUUUUUGGCAAAGAUUUCCGUCAACAGUGGUAUGAACAAGUGAUUGAAGCAUGCGCCUUGAAACCGGAUCUUGAAACAUGGAAGCAGGGCGACGUGACUUCUAUUGGGGAGAAGGGGAUCACGUUGUCGGGUGGACAGAAACAGCGAAUAAGUCUGGCGCGGACCAUUUAUGCAGACACGGAUCUAAUACUCUUGGAUGAUCCUUUAUCAGCUGUGGACGGAGACGUUGGUCAACAGAUCUUCAAAAAGGCGAUUCGUGGUCUGUUGCGAGGGAAAACGUGUAUUCUGGUGACGCACAGCGAACGCGUACUCGGCCAAUGUGAUCGUGUUCUGUGGCUGGAAAAAGGCCACAUCAUCUCUUCCAAGAGUUCAUAUCAUUCUCGGCCAAACAGUGACCUGGUCCUGCGGACAGUUCACAUGCCUGAGAGUUACGCACCAAAUAGCUCGGACGCAGCAACCGGUUUCAGACACACCAGCAGCCCCCAGGAAACGUUGAAGAAUGCCGAGGAUCAAAACACCGAGUCUCAAAGAACGGGUAGUGUGCAGAGGUCUGUUUAUAGAACAUACCUAUCCGCCUCCGGAUCGAUAUUGCACUGGCCGAUCUUGUUUUGCCUCUUGAUCAUCUCACAAGUGGCAGGGAUCUUCACUGGCGUUUGGUUAUCAUGGUGGGUGGAUGGCAUCUUUCGGCUUAGCCAUCUCAGCUAUGCAGGAAUCUAUGUUCUCCUUGGGUUCAUUCAGAGCACGCUUCUGUGGGCAUACCUAAGUCAGGCUGCAGUAGUCGGCUUACGGGCCAGUGGCAACCUUUUUCAGUCCGUUCUUCGCCGUGUCCUUUAUGCAUCGAUGUCAUUUCAUACUGCCAACCCAUCCGGACGCUUGAUGAACUUGUUCUCUCAUGAUGUUAGCCAGCUGGAUAACGGUGUCAGCGACACAAUUCGGGCCUUUAUCAUGCUGGUUGGCACUGCAUUCUCAACAUUCUUACUGAUCUCGGUCCAUUUCCCAGCUUUUGUUACCUCGUUUCCGGCGAUUGCUCUAGUUUUAUACUACACAUCUCGCUACUAUUGUGCUUCCAGGCAGGAGCUAAAACGCCAAGAGACUGUCUCGCGCUCUAAUAUUGCAGCAAAGGUUACCGAAUGUAUUGCUGGGCGACACACAAUCCGAAGCUUUGGCGUCCAAGAGGUGUUCCAGAGGAGAUUAAACGUUGCUAUUGACAAGGCGAAUAACGCUUCAUACCUGAUGUCAGCCAGCCAACAAUGGUUGAAUUUACGGCUGGAUACACUAGGCAAUAUCCUGAUUGUUAUUGUCGGGAUCUUGAUUGUUAUUUCUAGCAGCCCUAUUUCACCUAGUGUGUCUGGGUUGAUAAUGACCUACGCCCUGGCUGUAGUCCAAAUAAUUCCUGCCGUGGUAUCACAGGGCGCCGAAUUGGAAAGUUCUCUAGUCACGGUCGAAAGAAUGAUUUUCUAUGGCACAGAGACUCCAGUCGAGACAUCCGAGUCAGCUGUCAUGCCAUCAUCAACUUGGCCAGCAACGGGAAGUAUAACCAUGAGAAACGUUUGCCUACGAUAUCGCAGUGGCCUACCUCAGGCAUUGCGUAAUGUGAGUCUCAAAAUACAUGGCGGAGAGAAGAUUGGAAUCAUCGGUCGCACAGGGGCAGGCAAGUCGUCGAUUAUAUCUGUCCUGUUCCGACUUUUCCCCCUGGAACACGGAUCUGUCUUUAUUGACGAUAUGGAUGUCGCAGAGGUGGACCUUCAUUGCUUGAGGUCGAGACUUUCCAUCAUCCCCCAGGAUCCUACCCUUCUCCGAGGCACGGUGCGAUCAAACCUAGACCCGGCCGGAGAAUACGAGGACCAUGUGCUGUACGAGGCACUUCGCAAAGCAUCCUUAUACCCACAGUUAGCUCUUGACCGAGAGAUACACUCAGAUGGUAGUAAUUUCUCUCUAGGGGAAAGGCAGCUGCUCGCGUUGGCACGGUCUCUCGUGCGAAACCCUGCCAUUCUCAUCUGUGACGAAGCUACAUCUUCUAUCGACCAAGACACCGACCGAAAAGUGCAGCAGUCGCUUCUAGAAGCCUUUCGCAAGCGAACAGUGAUCUGCAUUGCGCAUAGGCUUCGAACAGUCAUACGUUAUGACCGAAUUUGUAUUAUAGACCAGGGCAGCAUUGUUGAUUUCCGGAGUCCGCUUGAUUUGUUCGACACGAAUGCUGGAUUUCGCGAGAUGUGCGGGCUUAAUCAAAUCACCCGGGCAGACAUUGUUUAG